UAGUCCCGUCCACAAGCGCAGACAUCAACAAGAGAGCGGGUUACCGAUGAGGGUAGAUGUUCAUAAGUCACAGCGUAACGACGCGGUAUUCGGACUGUUAUUACUUUGGAUCAGCUCCACACAACUCGCAGAAAGAUGUUUGGCUUUCACAAGCCUAAAAUGUACAGGAGUUUGGACGGCUGCUGCAUCUGCCGUGCAAAGUCGUCAAGCUCUCGUUUCACAGACAGCAAGCGCUAUGAGAAAGACUUCAGGAGUUGCUUUGGACUGAGUGAAAGCCGGUCUGGAGAAAUCUGUAAUGCCUGCGUGCUCCUUGUGAAACGGUGGAAAAAACUCCCUGUGGGAACCAAGAAGAACUGGAACCAUGUUGUUGAUGCCAGAGGAGGUCCCAGCUUAAAGUUAACUUCCAGGCCCAAGAAAAUAAAGUCCAUCUCCAAGAAAGCACGACCGAGCCAGAUCAACAGGCUUCAGAAGGAGCUGAAAAGACACAACUCAGAUGCCCACAGCACCACCUCCAGUGCCUCCCCUGCUCAGUCUCCCAGCUACAGCAACCUGUCAGACGAGGGGUCCGACACAGAGCUCAGCCCAGGAUCCAGCCGCUCCCCCGUUUUCUCAUUUCUGGACCUAACAUACUGGAAGAGGCAAAAAGUGUGCUGUGGAAUAAUCUACAAGGGGCGCUUCGGGGAGGUGCUCAUCGACCCCCACCUGUUCAAACCGUGCUGCCGCAACAAACGACAACAACAACAACAGCAGCAGAAGCAACAACAGCAGCAGGAGGAGGAGGAAGAGGAGGAGGAGGACGAGGAAGAAGAGGUGGAGGCAGAGGAGGGUCGAGUGUGUGUGGAAAAAUCCCAGAUGGGAGAGGAAGUGAAGGAGAUGGCAACUUGUGGUGAAAGUGCAGAGUCUGCUCAGCUGCAUGUUGCAUCGCCACCAGUCAGGAGUGAGGUGGUGGGGGAGGAAGGGUGGUAAAGUCACCCCCCCACACACACACACACACAUCUCUGAAGAAAUCUUGAGGUGCUGUUUUUUUUUUUCUCUCAAGCACUUAUAGAAAAAAGUGGCCUCAGAUUGCCUUCAGUUACAAAGCAGCUGAAAAAUCCUUUCUCCAUAAUGAGGAUUGUUGAUUGCAUUUAAAUGAUAACUUAUGGACUGUUGUGUUUCUCCGUUGUCUGUCUUUACUUUGUAUUUAAUAUUUUUGCCAUCCCGACGAUGGACCAUCAUACUCGGUGUAAUUGAUCUACUUUGAAAUGCUGGAGCUCCACUUUGCUGGUACAUUUUUAUCAGAUUUUAUUCCAAAACGCAAUACAUCCACUUAUUUACAGAAAAAAAGGUGCUACUUAAAGCUCACAAACACAGCUGAACCCAUCUCAGUGAAGAUGUUUUAUAAGCAUAUAUGUUAAGAUGACUAAUAUAAUGAGGUUAAUUAAUUUUGGUUUCUUUGUUCAGAGUUGAUAUCUGGGUUUUUUUUUUUUUUAAUGGUGGAUAUCUCCCGUUUUGGAAUGAAUGACACUUUACACUGAUGGAGCACAGACCUGUACAGUAACCCUCUGUUUUUCUGUCUGCUCACGACAACAUCCACUCCUAACAAAGAGUUUGUGGUUUUUAGACUGGAUUAGCGUUUCUGUGUGUAAAUACGUAUGGGUCCCAUUUGAAUAAGGCCUAUUCACAGCUUCAACAGCAAAUACACCAGCCUUAAUUAUGUAUUACAGACAGCGCUAGUGUUAAAUCUGGAUUGGUAUUAAGGAACAAAAAGGGACAGUACAAAUAUUUAUUGUGGCCUCAGCAACACACACAGUGCAUUUUUGCAUGAAUGGCAAGCCCACUCAUCCAAAAGACCGACUGAUCUGAUGCAUGAGUCUUCUACAAAUUGCAUGGCCUUAUAAAAAAUUGUAAAUCUUACUUUUAUUUUUUUGGAUCCAUUUUUCUGAAGUUUUAACUUAUUUUUAUAUGUAAAAAAAAAAAAAUACAAAUAAAAGUGUCUUUGCAUAAUAAUACCACACAAUACAACAGCAAAACACAAAAAUCGGUCUAUCAGUCAUUUUAGCAAUAUCAAUAUCAGUGAUUUCCAUCAUUCCCGGGUCAGUAUACGGUAAAAGACUUUAUACAAGCUAAAAUUCUAUGCCAUUGCCUCUUAUAUACCACAAAUGUGUUGUGAUAUAUUGCCUAAUAUUACUUUAUUUAUCAAAUGAAAGCCAAAGCACAUUGAAAUUCACCCAAUGUCAAAUCAAUGCAGGUUUUCUAUGGACACUUGUGCUUGUCCGAGGUCAUUUAUAUGUAUGUUUUAAAAAUAACACUAAUAUGAAAUUUCAUACAUGUGAUGUUGUAGUUAGGAGCAGCGGGUGUGUUAUGUACAUAAGGGGUUGGAUGAGUCAUAUGGCUCUUUAUAUAGGUUUCAUUAUUUAUUUAUUUCAUAUUUAUUUGUAUCCCUACUUAGAGAAGUGAAUUCUUUUCAUCUUUAGCUUACUCAUAGUACGGUUUUAUUCAUCAGAAGUCGAAUGUUAUUCUUAUGCAGGCUUUGGUUAACAUUGCGUUCAAUUACUGGUUGUCAAUAUUUGUGAAAUGUUAAAUAUUUAUUUGCUCAUCGGUUGAGUUGCGUGCAACCUAACUUAUUCUGUAUCAUCACUUUGGAUUUUUAUCAUGUAGACUGAAACAGCUGAUAGAUUGCAACCAAACUGUACUUCUCCCUUUUUACCUUGUAGCUUAAAAAUGUCACAGAAUAGUAGGAUACAAUAGUAGGAUACAUAACUCUAGACUUGCAUGUAUUGUUGCUAUGCAUUUACUUAACUUACAAGUUAGACAAAAUGGUUUUGUAUUUUUUAUACAUCAUGUACUUUUUUUUUUAACUUUUCCCUUAAUAAAAAGUAAUUUUGUGAGCUUUCUGGA